AUGGCUGAAAUAGUUGUUAGCGCCGUCAUCACAGUGCUGUGUGAGAAGCUGAUCUCCGGUGACUUGAUAAAGCUGGCUAGAUCAAAAGGGAUCGAUUCUCAUCUAAACAAAUGGAAGAAAAACCUUCCCCUGAUCCAAGCCGUGCUUGCUGAUGCAACCCAGAAGGAGAUUAAAGAGAGAGCUGUUCAACUGUGGGUGAACGAUCUCCAGGAAUUGGCUUACGACAUAGAUGAUGUACUCGAUGAUUUGGCCACCGAGGUUAUGCGACGCAAGUUGAAUCAGGAAGCGCAUGCCACCACCAGCAUUGGUAAGGUAAUGAAGUUCUUCCCAAAUUGCUGUACUAAAUUCUCUCCUCGUAACAUUAUGUAUGGUCGGAAGAUGAGUUCAAAGCUAGAUGAGAUCACCACCAAAUUGCGUGAUCUUGUUGACCAGAAAAAUGACCUGGGUUUGAAUGUGACUGAUGAAAGGUCAACUCUAGAGAGACGGCUUGAGGAAAAUUCACUGGUUGAUGAGUCCAAAAUCAUGGGUCGGGAAGGGGAUAAAGUGACAUUGAUGGGUAAGUUGUUGGGGAAUGAAGAAUGUGAUGAAAAUGUGAGCGUAGUGUCGAUAGUUGGAAUGGGUGGGAUAGGAAAAACCACUCUUGCCAAAGUUUUAUACAACGAUGAGAAAGUGAAGGAUCACUUUGAUCUCAGAGUUUGGGUUUGUGUUUCUGAAGAGUUGGAUGUAUUUAACAUUAGCAAGGCUAUUUUUCAAGCAGUAACUGGGAAAAACGAAGAUUUUGCUAAUCUUAAUCUGCUUCAUGUCGCCCUCAAAGAAAAGCUUUCAAAGAAGAGGUUCCUACUUGUUCUAGAUGAUGUCUGGAACGAAGACCACAAAAAGUGGGAACUCCUCCAAAGCCCUCUUCUUGCAGGGGCACCUGGAAGUAGAAUUAUUGUCACAACCAGGAGUACCAGGGUUGCAUCGGUGAUGGACUCACAAGAAACUUACCCUCUGGACGUUUUGUCAAAUGAAGAUGCUUUAUCAUUAUUUGCUCAACAAACGUUAGGUGAAAAAAGCUUUGAUAAACAUCCAACAUUUAAGUUGCUUGGUGAAGGUAUGGUUCAAAAAUGUGGUAGAUUGCCUUUGGCUUUGAAAGCACUUGGGAGGAUCUUGAAGGGAAACAGGAAUGGUGAUGAGUGGGAGGAGUUGUUGAAGAGUGAGAUAUGGGAUAUAGAUGAUGGAAGUGAUAUUCUUCCGGCUCUAAGAUUAAGCUACUAUCACCUCCCUCCACAUCUGAAGCAGUUGUUUGCAUACUGCUCCUUAAUUCCCAAAGACUAUGUGUUUGACAAGAAUAAGUUAGUCCUAUUGUGGAUGGCAGAAGGAUUUUUGCCCCAAUCAAAAGGAAACAAGUCAAUGGAGUGUUUAGGUCAUGAGUAUUUUGAAGAGCUAAAGUCAAGGUCCUUUUUUCAACAUUCAACGGACGAUGAAUUAGGAUACACAAUGCAUGACCUGAUGAAUGACUUGGCCAGAAGUGUUGCAGGAGAGUUUUCCUUUAGAUUGGAUGGUGAGGUUGAUGUAUCUGCCAUGAAUGAAACUUUUGAUAAGUUUCUUCAUUUCUCACUUAUAGGUUCAGGAUCUGGAUCAUUUAGAAAGCUCAAGGAAUUACAAAGAGCUAAACGUUUGCGAACUAUCUUACUAAUCUCAGUACCUUGGGAAAUUGAUAGCUUAUUGGACGAAUUACUUCCUGAACUACAGUUCCUGAGGGUGCUAAGUGUCGUGGGCUUGACUCCGAGUGAUUACCCAUGGGAAGAAGAUAUUCUUUCAAUCAGAAAGAUACCAGAAUCCAUUGGUAGUCUCAAGCAUCUACGGUAUCUUAAUUUUUCAAUCAGAAAGAUACCAGAAUCCAUUGGUAGUCUCAAGCAUCUACGGUAUCUUAAUUUUUCGAAUACUAAAAUCACAAGUUUACCGGAACAAGUGAGUGACCUUUAUAAUCUACAGAGUUUGUUGGUUCAGGAUUGUUCUGAGUUAUCCAGCUUGCCAAAAAGUUUUGCAAAGUUAAUAAACCUUCGACAUUUUGGAAUAGAUAAGACUCCAAAGGUGAUCAAGUUGCCCUUAGGAAUUGGUGGCUUGACGAGUCUACAAACUCUAUCCAAGGUCAUGAUUGAAGAAGCCAACGGGUUCAAAAUAUCAGAUCUUAAAGAACUAUCGGAUCUUCAAGGUCGGCUUUCCAUUAUUGGGCUUGAGAAAGUGAUGGAUCCAAUAGAAGCAAAGGAUGCCAACUUACAUCAAAAGAAGGGUCUUGAAGUUUUGGAGAUGGAAUGGAGUGAUAAUUUGUUUGAUGAUUCUCGGGAUGAGACUGAUAAUUUGUUUGAUGAUUCUCAGGAUGAGACUGAUAAUUUGUUUGAUGAUUCUCGGGAUGAGACGAUUGAAUAUGAAGUACUUGAAGAACUAAGGCCUCCUCCCAAGUUAAAAAACCUCAUGAUUUUGAAUAACAUGGGAAUGAGAUUUCCCAGUUGGGUCGGGGAUCCCUCGUUUGAUCAGUUAACAGAGCUUACGUUAUCUGGGUGUAGAAGUACACAUUUACCAACACUUGGAUGUUUAGGGUCUCUUAAGAAAUUGGUUGUUGAAAGCAUGAGUGAGGUGAAGAGUGUGGGUUUUGAGUUUCUUGCACCCACUGCUUCUUUUCUUGGCAUUGCAUUUCCAUCUCUUGAAGUUCUGGAAUUUUCUGAUAUGGAAGGUUGGAAGAGAUGGUCGAUUAAUAAUGGCAAUGAACAUGGAACUCCUAGUUCUUUUCCUCGUCUUCAUGAGAUCUCUUUAAUAAGUUGUCCAGAACUAUCUCAAGUGUCAAUCGGAUUGAUACCUUCACUGCGGGUUUUAUAUAUUCAAGAAUGUUCUGAUGUAGUGUUAAGAAGCAUGAUUGGUUUGUCCUCAUCACUUGUUAGAUUGAAAAUGCUGAAUGUUAAAGCACUUAGUCAACUACAUGGAGAAGAUUUAAUGCAUCUUGGGGCACUUGAACAUCUAUAUAUCAGGAACUGUGAUGAACUGAGAUACUUGUGGGAACGAGAAUCAGAGGCAUGCAAGAGUCUUGUGAGUUUACAGAAGUUGGUAGUAUGUUACUGUAAAAACUUGGUUUCAUCAGCUGAGAAAGAGGACAAUUUUGGGAAGAACAUGAAAUCUCUUAAACAAGUGAAUUUCAAUAAUUGUGACUCGCUGGAGAGUUACAAUUGUCCAAAUACUGUUGAGAGCUUGGAGAUCUAUGAAUGUAAUUCACUGAUAUCGUUGACCUUCUCAGCAUUGCAGGAGCAGCUAUCCGGUAUCACUGAAUCCAUAGUCAGUGAUUGUGAUAACGUACAAUUACAGCCCAUUCCCAUUCCAGUCAAAGAUUUCCGUUUUCUCUGUGUGUCUCGCCUAACAUCUCUUGAAAUCCGUAACUGCAAGAAUCUAAAGUCAAUCCCUUCUGAGCAUUUUCAAAGUCUCACAUCUUUGGAAGAAAUGCUGAUAACUGAAUGUCCAAGUAUGGACUACUCCUUCCCUUGUGGGGUGUGGCCUCCUAAUUUAAGGAUGCUAAGCAUUGGUGGCUUAAAUAAGCCCAUGUCAGAGUGGGGCCUGCAGAAUUUUCCAACCUCACUAGUUGACCUAGUGUUAUUUGGCGAAAAUUCAGGAGUGGUUUCAUUUGCAGUGGCGGACGAUGUGGGGAAUACUACUACUACUCCAUCAUCAUCAUCAUCAUCAUCAUCAUCAUCAUCUUUUCUUCUUCCACCAUCUCUCGUUUCUCUAUGGCUCAAUGACAACAUUCGGCCCAUCAAAUUUGACAAUAAUAGUGUGGUAGUAGAAAAGGUGAAACAUGGAGCAGGGCUAUCUACACCAUGCUAGAGAGGCAAUUAUAUGCUGAAUAUGCAUGAGGAGAUUAUUACACGGUUGCAGAAGUGCUUGGAUGCAUAGGCGCUUCCAUCAAAGACUGGGGUGCGGGUUUAAGUGUGGUUAGGCUGGUGGGGUCCCACUACGAGCUAGUAGCAUUGGUUCUGGGUCUCAGAUACAAAAACUUGACUACCAAGGGUGUUGGGGUUUUCAAAAAUGGUUGUAAAUUUGAAUGAUUUUGUUGCCAA